AUGGUGAACACCCGGAAGAGCUCUCUGCGCCUUCUCGGAUCUAAGUCUCCUGGGCCUGGGCCUGGGCCUGGGGCCGGAGUAGAGCCCGGGGCAACCGGAGGCAGCAGCCAUUUCAUCUCCUCUCGGACCCGCUCCUCCAAGACCCGUGCUGCCAGCUGCCCCGCCGCCAAGGCCGGGGGAAGCGGCGGCGCCGGCGUCGCCCUGGAUGAGGCCCGGAAAGCUGAAGCUGAUGGUAGUUUAAGUGAUAGCCACGUGUCUCCUCCAGCCAAACGCACUUUGAAACAACCUGACUCUGUUUGCAAAGACAAAUCAAAAUCACGAACUACUGGUCAGCGAGAAGAAUGGAACAUAUCAAGUGGACAGGCCAGGUUAACUUCUCAGCCUGGUGCUACAUUACCAAACGGACAUAGUAGCUUAUCCCUUCGAAGCCAUCCCCAUCGAGGGGAAAAGAAAGGAGAUGGGGACCUUUCUUGUAUAAAUGGUGACAUGGAAGUCAGAAAAAGCUGUCGUUCCAGGAAAAACAGAUUUGAAAGUGUGAACCAGAGUUUGUUAUUUGAUCAACUGGUAAAUAGUACUGCGGAAGCUGUACUACAGGAAAUGGACAACAUAAACAUCAGACGGAAUCGUCGAUCAGGAGAAGUAGAACGGCUUCGAAUGUGGACAGAUACAGAAUUUGAAAACAUGGAUAUGUAUUCAAGAGUGAAAAGGCGAAGAAAGUCACUGAGAAGAAAUAGUUACGGGAUACAAAAUCAUCAUGAAGUCUCUACUGAGGGUGAAGAAGAAGAAUCUCAAGAGGAAGAUGGAGAUAUAGAGGCUGAAGAAGCAGAAGGAGAAGAGAAUGAUAGGCCAUAUAAUCUGAGACAAAGAAAAACAGUGGAUCGAUACCAAGCACCUCCAAUAGUACCAGCUCAUCAAAAAAAGAGGGAAAAUACCCUUUUUGAUAUUCACAGAUCUCCAGCAAGAAGAAGUCAUAUCAGGAGAAAGAAGCAUGCUAUUCACAGUAGUGACACAACUUCUUCUGAUGAAGAACGAUUUGAAAGAAGGAAAUCAAAGAGCAUGGCAAGAGCCAGAAAUCGGUGUUUGCCUAUGAACUUAAGAGCAGAAGAUUUGGCUAGUGGUAUUCUCCGAGAACGUGUUAAAGUGGGUGCAAGCUUGGCUGAUGUUGAUCCAAUGAAUAUUGAUAAGUCAGUGCGGUUUGAUAGCAUAGGUGGAUUGAGUCAUCAUAUUCAUGCACUAAAGGAAAUGGUAGUAUUCCCACUUUUAUAUCCAGAAAUUUUUGAAAAAUUUAAAAUUCAGCCUCCAAGAGGCUGUUUGUUUUAUGGUCCUCCUGGCACAGGUAAAACCUUGGUCGCCAGAGCAUUAGCUAACGAGUGCAGUCAGGGAGACAAAAAGGUGGCUUUUUUUAUGCGAAAAGGAGCGGAUUGUCUGAGUAAGUGGGUUGGCGAAUCUGAGCGGCAGCUUAGGCUUCUUUUUGAUCAGGCAUAUUUGAUGAGACCUUCUAUAAUAUUUUUUGAUGAAAUAGAUGGAUUAGCUCCAGUUCGCUCUAGCAGGCAAGAUCAGAUCCACAGCUCUAUAGUGUCAACCCUCCUUGCUCUUAUGGAUGGAUUAGACAAUAGGGGUGAAAUUGUUGUUAUUGGUGCUACAAAUAGACUUGAUUCUAUAGAUCCUGCUCUUAGGAGACCUGGUCGUUUUGACAGAGAAUUUCUUUUCAACCUUCCGGAUCAAAAGGCAAGAAAACACAUUUUACAGAUCCAUACCAGGGACUGGAAUCCAAAAUUGUCGGAUGCUUUUUUAGGUGAAUUGGCUGAAAAAUGUGUUGGCUAUUGUGGAGCUGAUAUUAAGGCCCUGUGCACUGAAGCUGCCCUGAUUGCCCUGCGGAGGCGUUAUCCCCAGAUCUAUGCUAGCAGUCAUAAACUGCAGCUAGAUGUUUCCUCAAUCGUGCUCAAUGCCCAAGAUUUUUACCAUGCAAUGCAGAAUAUUGUGCCUGCUUCCCAGCGUGCUGUCAUGUCUUCGGGACAUGCACUGUCUCCCAUCAUAAAACCACUGCUGGAAAGAAGCUUCAACAACAUCCUAGCUGUCCUGCAAAAAGUGUUUCCUCAUGCUGAGAUUAGCCAGAGUGACAAGAAAGAAGACAUAGAAACUUUGAUUUUAGAUGACAGUGAAGAUGAGAAUGCUUUAUCAAUUUUCGAGACAAGUUGUCACUCAGGAUCACCAAAGAAACAGUCAUCGGCUGCUGCUGUACAUAAACCUUACCUUCAUUUUACAAUGUCACCAUAUCAUCAGCCAACCUCUUACAGGCCAAGAUUAUUGCUGUCUGGAGAACGAGGCUCAGGUCAAACUUCUCACCUUGCUCCAGCACUUUUGCACACUCUAGAAAAGUUCUCUGUGCAUAGACUAGAUCUCCCAGCACUUUAUUCAGUUAGUGCCAAAACACCUGAAGAGUCAUGUGCACAGAUUUUUCGUGAAGCUCGAAGAACAGUACCUAGUAUUGUUUACAUGCCUCACAUUGGUGAUUGGUGGGAAGCUGUCAGUGAAACUGUGAGAGCAACUUUUCUGACUCUGCUACAAGAUAUACCGUCAUUUUCACCCAUAUUUCUGUUGUCUACCUCUGAAACCAUGUACAGUGAACUGCCUGAAGAGGUUAAAUGUAUCUUUAGAAUACAGUACGAAGAGGUCUUGUAUAUUCAAAGGCCUAUUGAAGAGGACAGAAGAAAAUUUUUCCAAGAACUGAUUCUCAAUCAGGCCUCAAUGGCUCCACCACGAAGGAAACACACUGGUCUUUGUGCAAUGGAGGUACUUCCACUUGCGUUACCUUCUCCACCUCGUCAGUUAUCAGAAUCAGAGAAAAUUCGGAUGGAGGACCAAGAGGAAAAUACUUUAAGAGAGUUGCGGUUGUUUCUCAGGGAUGUAACCAAGAGGCUGGCGACAGAUAAACGCUUUAACAUCUUCAGCAAACCGGUGGAUAUUGAAGAGGUUUCAGAUUAUCUUGAAGUAAUCAAGGAACCAAUGGACUUAUCAACAGUAAUAACUAAAAUUGAUAAGCAUAAUUACCUGACUGCUAAGGAUUUCCUAAAAGAUAUUGACCUCAUCUGUAGCAAUGCUUUGGAGUACAAUCCAGAUAAGGAUCCAGGAGACAAAAUAAUUAGGCACAGGGCUUGUACUCUGAAGGAUACUGCACAUGCCAUCAUUGCAGCUGAGUUGGAUCCAGAAUUUAAUAAACUCUGUGAAGAAAUUAAGGAAGCAAGAAUAAAAAGAGGCUUAUCAGUAACAGUAGAACAAAUAAAUCCUCAUGGUACUGGAGCUCGAAAGACAGAAACUAGAGUUGAAGAGGCAUUUCGGCACAAACAAAGAAAUCCAGUGGAUGUCUGGCACAGUUCUGCAAACAAAUGUGCAUUUCGAGUUCGGAGAAAAUCACGGCGGCGAUCACAGUGGGGUAAAGGAAUUAUUAAGAAAAGGAAAGUCAAUAAUUUAAAAAAAGAUGAAGAGGACACCAAAUUUACUGACUAUGAGAAUCAUAUGGAGGACAGGAAAUUACUAGAAAAUGGAGAGUUUGAGGUAAGCACUGACUGCCAUGAAGAAAAUGGAGAAGAGACUGGAGACUUAUCUAUGACCAAUGAUGAAUCAUCCUGUGACAUCAUGGACAUGGACCAGGGGCAGAGGCUUAACAAUGGAGCAAGCACAAAAGAGAACUUUGCAUCUACCGAAGAGGAAAGUUCAAAUGAGUCUCUACUCAUCAACAGCAGCAGUUCUCUAAAUCCAGAACAGAUGUCUCGGAAAGAGCCUUUCCUUAAAGGAGGCUGUCUAAAUGGUGAGGCUUCCACAGACAGUUUUGAAGGAAUACCAGUUCUGGACUGUCAGAAUGGCAAAGCUGAAGUAGUUUCUUGCUGUGGCAGUGGAUAUAAAUGUAGUUCUGAACAAAAGACUCUCCUGGAGGACCAGUCAAAAGAAAAACCAGAAACUUCAAAUGAAAAUCAUGGAGAUGAUCCUGAGAAACUAGAGGCACUGGAAUGUAGCACUAACGAGAAGUUAGAGCCUGGCCCUGAUGUGGAGGUUAAAGAUGCAGAACUGGAUAAAGAAGGUGCUUCUAAAGUAAAGAAAUAUCGUAAGUUAAUUUUAGAACAGGCAAAAACAACAAGCCUGGAACUGGUUCCAGAAGAGCCAUCUGAGCCUGUGCCGCCUCUUAUAGUUGAUCAUGAGAGAUUGAAGAAAUUGCUUGAUUUGUUGGUAGAUAAAAGCAACAAUCUGGCAGUUGAUCAACUUGAGAGAUUAUAUUCUCUUCUUAGUCAGUGCAUCUACCGUCACCGUAAAGAUUAUGACAAAUCACAACUUAUAGAGGAGAUGGAAAGAACAGUUCAUAUGUUUGAGACAUUCCUAUGA